AUGGAGAUGGAGAAGAUAGAGAUUGAACCACGGGUGGUGGAAGCCUCGACUGGCGACAACAUCGACCCGGCUUUGGAGAAGAAGCUCCUGCGCAAGCUGGACUGGAGAGUCAUCCCCGCUUUAUGGUUUCUUUUCUUGGUGUCCUUUAUGGACCGAUCGAAUAUCGGCAAUGCGAAAAUUGCAGGCAUGAGCAAGGAAUUGCACCUGGUCGGAAAUGACUACAAUCUGGCUGUCACAAUGUUUACCGUCGCGUACGUCAUUUUUGGCAUGCCGGCAAAUCUGCUGGUCAAAAAGUUCGGGCCGAAGAUGCUGGUGCUGUAUAUGUUUACAUGGGGUCUUUUCGUGAUGGGCCAGGGUCUCGUCAAGACCGCGAGCGGACUUAUCGCUUGUCGCUUUUUUAUGGGAAUGUGUGAGGCUGGGUUUGUCCCAGGCUGCGCAUACUUGAUCGGAAGUUACUACAAACGCGAUGAGUUCCUUCGACGAUACGCCAUCUUUUUCAGUGCAAACAUGGCCGCAGGAGCGUUUAACGGGCUCUUCUCGAGUCUUUUAACACCAUUUAAUCUGGACGGAUAUAAGGGAUGGCGUUGGCUCUUUUUGAUCGAGUCUAUCAUUACCAUGGGUGUCAGCCUCAUCUGCUACUGGGUUGUGGUCCCGUUCCCCGAAGACGCUACAUUCCUGACGGCCGAGGAGAAGACAUUGCUCCUUGCGCGCCUGAAGGCGGACGGAGGAAGUGUUCGCGACGACCCUAUUUCGUUCAAGCGGGUGGUCAGCAUGGCUGCUGACUGGAAGAUAUGGAUAUGCGUGCUGGCCUACCUUGGGGCCGAAGAGAGCGCCAGCUCUCUCGUAAACUUUCAGCCAACCAUCCUGAAGGAUCUUGGGUGGACUAGCCGCUCCGCUCAGGAACACACCAUUCCUGUCUAUGCCGUUGCCUUCGUCCUAACCCUAUCCUGCGCCUGGCUGAGUGACCAUUUACGACACCGAUAUGUAUUCACUAUGAUUGGCUCCGUGUUGACCAUUAUCGGCUGGAGCGUCGAGCUUUCACAUGUGCAAUCUGCCGGCGUUCGCUAUAUGGGCAUAUUUUUUGUGGCAUCCGGAGCAUUCAUCAUGAUGUCUACGAUUGUGGUGUGGUUAUGCGUCAACCUUGGCAAAGGCGUGAAGCGCAGUGUUGGAAUGGGUCUGCUUCCUGCAUUCGGCAACUGCGGUGCCUUUGUGUCUGGCAAUGUUUUCAUCACCAGUGAAUCGCCAAAGUAUCCGACAGGAUUUGGUGUUGGGUUGGCCUUUGCGGUGGUGGCCGGGCUGGCGUGCACGGUGUAUUUUUUUGCUUUGCAAGCGGAGAAUCGCCGCAGGGACGGCCAACCGGCCAAGGAGGAAACAUCGGAGAUGGCGCCGGAGGCAGAUGACCUCGGGGAUGCCCAUCCGGAUUUCCGGUUUCAAUUGUAG